AUGGCUGACCCGCUAAAAGCAAUGCUGAUUAACCCCCUGAUUAUCUCCCCGCUUCCACACCUGCUGUCCCUGCAGGGACCUGAGGGAAUUACGGAAAACGCCCCCCAGAAUUUUCGCCACCUGCAGAAGGCCACAGAGUCUUCCUCCAGUGGGGAAGAAAUUCCUCAUCAUAUUCGCCAAGGCAUUACAUUGAUCGACCCUUUAAGUUAUGUGUAUACAUCCGGAAUAACUGGUCUUCCAAAACCGGCCAUUAUAACUCACCUGCGUUAUAUCCGAGGCGCUUUCCUGAUGGCUGUUCCCACGUUAGGUCGACACGUUAGGGUAGGAAACGGCCUGCGGUCUGAUAUAUGGUUGAAGUUCCAGAGCCGAUUCAAAGUGGACCACAUGGUGGAGUUUUACGCUUCAACAGAGGGGAAUUGCUGGUUUUCUAAUACGUACAACAAACCGCUCUCGUGCGGGCGACUGUCACCCUUUUUGCAACUAGUGUUCCCGAGCUUCUUGGUUAAGUAUGAUCACGAGGACGACGAACCUGUAAGAAAUGAACGUUGUAUCCCUGUCAAGAUAGGAGAACCCGGUCUGUUGAUAGCAGCCAUAAAAGGAAAUUUUACCUUUGAGGGUUAUAAAGGGAACAAAGGGUUGACAGAAAAGAAAAUAUUACGCAACGUUUUCCAACAAGGUGAUGCAUAUUUCAACUCCGGAGACUUACUGUACACCGACAGUAACUAUUUUCUUUACUUCAGUGACAGAGUUGGGGAUACAUUUAGAUGGAAAGGAGAGAACGUUUCCACACUAGAGGUCGCUUACGUUCUAGCUGAGGUAGAAGGCGUGGAGGACGCGAGCGUGUAUGGGGUCAAAGUGCCAGGUAUAGAGGGUAGAUUUGGUAUGGCUGCUGUCACGUUGCAGAAAGAAAAGAAAUUAACAUGGCAACUGUUUGAAAAUAUCUACAAUCGUCUUUCCGACAGUCUCCCAGCUUAUGCCAGGCCACUUUUCCUGCGUGUCCAGCACACAUUAGAUCUGACAGGCACGUACAAACAGAGGAAAGAACAACUCAAAGGACAAGGGUUUAAACCUAGCGAAGUUAAAGACGACAAACUCUACUUCCUGGAUGAGACGAAACGUGCGUUUGUUCCUCUUGAUGCUGAGCUGUACGAACGCAUCAUAAGAGGAGAAGAACGCAUAUAG